AUGGGCUACCUCGUGUCUACGGAGCAGGCAGGCUACAACGGAUCGUGGAUAUCCUUUGCCCUCGGCCGGAAGCAGUGGGCUUACGUUGCCGACACCCGUCCUUCGACCCACCCCAUCGCGGCCGACGUUCCCGACCUCGAGACCGCCCGCCAGGUUUUCGACGGCAUCAGCUAUGCCAAGGGUGCUUCGGUGCUGAAGCAGCUCAUGGCGUACGCCGGACGCGACGCCUUCCUCGACGCCUCCAAGGCGUACUUCAACAAGCAUGCCUUCAGCUCGACGACACUUGACGACUUUGUCUCGUGUCUGAAGGACAGCUCUGAUGCCGACCUCUCGACCUGGGUGCCGUCGUGGCUCGAAACUUCUGGCCCGUCCAUCAUCACGACUGAGCGGGAUGGUGACAAGCUGUUUGUAACGACCGAGUCGGUGGAUGCCAUGACGGGCAAGCCCGUUCAGCGCAACCACCGCGUGACCGUCUCAACCUUUGCGCGCGGCGACAACGGCGUGAAGCGCACCGCCAGCGUCUCCGUCCUUCUCGACAAACCCCGCGUCGAGGUGCCCCUUCCUGAGGGAACCGCCGUUGACCUCGCGAUCGCCAACGAUGAGGACCUGACUUACGCGCUUCUUCGCUUCGACCCCAAGUCGGUCGACGUCCUGACGGAGAACAUCUCCUCGCUUGAGCCCACGCUCACGCGUGCCGUGGCCUGGUCGGCGCUCUGGAACAUGGUCCGCGACGCCAAGCUCCCCGCCGCUCGCUUCCUCGAGGCCGUGCAGAACAACAUCCUCGCCGAGGCCGACUCGGGCAUUCUCGCUCUCGUCCUCGGGCUGGCGGGUGAGGCGACCAGCUUCUUCCUGCCGCCCAAGGCGCGCCCUGAUGCGGCCGCGAACCUCAUCAAGACCCUCUCCAAGGGUCUCGCGGCAGCCGAGCCCGGCAGCGACCAGCAGCGCCAGUGGGCGAACGCACUCGUGCGGGAGGCUGCCGACUCGCCCUCCGGCGAGUCUCCCCUCCGCGACCUGCUGGCCGGCAAGGUGUCAGGCCUGGAGCUGACGCCGACGCUGCGCUGGCGCGCGCUCGCCUCGCUCGCCGCGCUCGGCAAGACGGACAAGUCUGAGCUCGACGCCGAGUACAAGCGCGACAGCACCAUGACUGGCGCGACCGCUCUCGCGCGCGCCGAGGCGUCCUUCCCGGGCGUCGAGGUCAAGCGCCGGGUGUGGGACGAGCUCACGACCGAGUCGCUCACGAACGACAGGCAGGGGGCGCUCAUUGCCGGCUUUGCGCAGGGCCCCUCAAGCGACAGGAAGGAGUUUGUUGCGCCGUACUUUGCGAACCUGACCAAGUGGUGGAAGGAGAUGACGAUGACGAUGGCGACGCGGCUGGCGCGCGGCGUCUUCCCCGGCUCGAGCAUUGAGGAGGGCAAGCUGGGCAGCAACGCGGUCGAGAAGGCGGCCCAGGCGUGGCUGGACCAGAAUGAGAACGCGGCCAAGUCGCUCAGGAGGAUCGUCAUUGAGGGACUCGCGGGACUGAGGCGCCAGCUCGCGGCGCAGGAGCUGUAG